GUUUGAUAUAAACUGAUUGUAAACGAUCAAAAAUAGCGUUUCAUUUAAAGACAAUUCUGCUCUUUAUAUUUAUUCGUUUCUUUGAAAAAGUCUUACAGGUUAAUUUACAACAAAGAGAGAACAUUUAGACAUACAGCCAUGUUUUUGAUAAAAGCUGAGUACGUUCAAUUUUGAAGAGGAUGAAAAGAGUGUCAUUGGUGGACAUAGAGUUGUUUAUUAUUGUCUCCGCCAAUCGUUCAAAUCUGUUCUGAAAAAAAUAACGAAAAACCUUAACUGUAUAAAACUUGAAACAACUACAGAUUUCUAUAUCACAUUUUAUUGUAUUAACUUUAGCUAUAUCACCGAAUUUCAGCUUGCCACUAAUAAGAAUUUGUCAUGUUGGUCGGUGUAGUUGUACAGAGCUGGUUCUAAACCAGAAGAAUCCAACAUUUAAUGAACUCUUUUAUGAAUACAAAUGGCUUCAGGAUUUAAAAAAGGAAGAAACAAAGGAAGAAGUGAACGCAGUAAUUGGAGAAAACCUUUUGAAGAAGAUAAACUGAAUUCAGUUAAGAAAAUUGAAUCCAAUCCUUUUUGUUUGCUAGAAGAUGAGGCAAAUAACGAAUCCUCAAAAAACAGCGAGCAAAAAGAAACGCCGAUAUCUAUAAAAAUUGACGCCGAUCUUGUCAAGUAUCUUAGUAAAAGGAAAAAACAACUAGACGACUUAAAAAGACAAAUGUCUGACAUUGGUGUUAAUAUAAAUUUGGUGAAUCCGAAUUGUGUACGCAUGAGUGUAAGGAAAAGUGAGGCCACAUUAGUUGAAAAUUGGAAAGAAAAGGGUGAAAGUAUCGUCAGAAAUUUCUGUAUCACUUUUUACAAGCAACGUUUUCAAUUAGAUAAAGAAUCUGAAGAAUGGUCCCCUGAAUGGAUAGAAAAAAUUCAAAAAAGAGUGAGUUCAUAUGGUGCAGCAUGCUGGAUAAAUAAAACAAUUUAAUUCUUGUAUCUGCUUCUUCAGAGUAUGAUAGAGCUUUAAAUGAUGUCAGGGAAGCAAUGAAGAAUGCAGGAUGCUUUGUAAAGAGAUGUUUUCCCAUUCAAAAAGCAUUCUUUUCUCAGAUUGAGAGAAAUUUGUCAAAAUUAAAAGAAACUGUUAAAUCCAGUUCUCUUACUCUAGAAAGAAAAACAUUAAAUCUGAUAGUUUGUUGCUUGAAAACAGAUGUUGAUGAUGUUGUAAGGAAAGUUGAAAGCUUUAUUCAAAGUCAUGAAACAACAGAUGGCAUUAACUCUCCAAGACAAAAAAAUUAUUCAAAAUCAUCAAAGUUUGAAAAACGAAACCUGCGAAACAGUGGCAUAAUUCAAAACAAUGAAACUUCCCAGACAUCGUUUCGACCCCCCGUAAAACACGAACCUUUCUCAUUCAAAGUCAGUAAUGAUGUCGUAAAGUUUGUCAUGAAUAAUACGAGAUUGAAAGAAGAUCUUGAAAAUCAGUUGGAAAAGCUCAAUGGAAAACUUGAAUGGAAACCUGGAAUACCUUACAUCACAGUAAUGCAAAAAUCCGAACAUAUCAACAUUCCUAAAUGGUCAGAUGUAUGUAGAAAUUCUGUGAAUGGAUUUCUGAAACGUUUUCGCAGAGAGAGCUACGAAAUGCAAGAUUUACUGAAAGAGUCCGUGAGCCAAAAGAUAAAAGUUCUCAAAGAAAAAUUAUUGUCUUUUGAAGCUGACUGUUGGCUUGCAUCCAAUGCCAGAUGGUUAGUUGUUAUCGUAGAAAAAAGUGAACGGAGUUCUGUUGUUGGAAUUGUGGAACAAUUUUUGCAGAGUGUAAAAGAAGAAUGUGAUGAAGUGAAGGGAAUCGUUGAAUUCCUACCAGUUUCAAAAGAUCACAUGGACUAUAUUGAAUAUACUAACAUUUUAGAGGAAAUAAAGAGUGAAAAUCCUGGCUUAGUUGAUGUUUCUCUGACAGAGGCAAAGGAUCAGAUUUACUUUGAAGGAUGUGAAGUUGAUGUUUUAAAAGGUAAACAACAAUUCGAAGAAUUUGUUGGAAAAGUAAAUAUUACAGAACUUUAUCUUUCGAAUGAAAAAUGGAAUUUUGUCAAAGAAACCAGGAUUAGAAUAUUUUGAAAAGUGUUUAUCCGACGAAAAAAUUGAUGACGUGCUUUUGGUUGCAUCGACACCCGUGCUUAAGAUCGUGACACAAUCAAUGGAAGAAUUACAAGCAGUAAAACAAUGCAUAGAAAAUAAUAUUCAAAAAGUAGUGGUAGAUUUUCGUCAAGAAAACAAGCAUUUAUGGAAGUCAAAGACAUGGAUACACAUUUCUACAACAAUUGAUUCGGAAGAACUCGUUGAAUGGAAGAAAAGCGAUGAAGAUGUAUUUGAAAGUUGGAGUGUUAUUGUACAUGGCGCUACAUUUCUUGUUGACAAAUAUACAAAACUCAUAAAAAAUUUCAUUGAUUCGUCAAAAAUUGAAUCAUGUACAAUUGAUAUUGAGCCUGAGAUAAAUGAUUUCCUAAAAAAGAGAUUGAAUAAAGAAUUUCAGAAUAUUGAAUUACAACUUAAAGAAGAACAAAUGAUUAUUAAAAUUGACGAAGGAAGAGUGGAGAUUUCUGGCACAAGACAAGGAAUUGAAGAAGCAAAGUCACGUGUUAUUAAAUUGAAAGAUGAAGUAAAGACGGAAACGAAAUCUUACACAUCUGUAGGCAGUUUUGAAUUAUUAUUUAAUGAACAUGGCGAAAGAAACAUUAAAGUUAUUGAAGUUUCAAAUGAUGUUACUGUAAAAUUGACUUUUGGUGACAAAGAAAAUAUUGAAAAUUUUGACAUCAACGGUAUCCGUACUCUAAGGGACAAAACGAGUAAAGACGAAGAAACUUUAAAAUAUUCAUUUGAACCAUUUGAUAAUUGUAAUUUUAUCACGAAUGAAGGUCUAAAAGUUUCAUGGAAAUAUGGUGAUCUUGCCAAUGAAACAGCUGAUAUCAUCGUCAACUCAGCAGUUUCAAAUUUGGGACAUCCAACAGCGCUUGGUCGUGUAUUAAAUAGAAUUGCUGGACCUUCGUAUGUCACAGAAUGUUGUCGAUAUUCUCAUAUUGAAAAAGGGGACAUUGCAGUAACAAAAGCAGGAAAUCUUUCAUGUAAUUACGUCAUUCACGCUGUUUGUUGUAGUUGGAGGCCUGGUGGGGAUGCUGAAGAAGUUUUGCGGAAACUUUUAUCAAAAAUACUAUUGGAAUGCAGCCGACGUUUGGCACGUACUGUGGCAAUGCCAUUGUUGGGAACUGGAAACCACAGAUUUCCCGAAAAUAUCGUUUUACGUUUAAUGAAGGAAGAGUUUGAAAAAUUUAGCUCCAAAUUUCCACAAACUUCAUUAAAACACAUCCAGUUAGUUAGAUAUGAUCCGGGGGGAGUACGAAAAACCAAAAUAAUGAAAGAUCGCGCGUCUGAUGAGAAAACAGACUUUGUUCAUCUCAUAUUUGGUUGUGGAAAAGAGUCCAUCACUGUUCAGGUUUGUGGGCGUUCAUAUCAACAUGUUUCUUCUGCAUUUGAAGAAAUUGAAAAGUUUAUUGAAGAUAAAAUCAUCACUAAAAAAAUAAACCAGGAAAAGCUUUAUGACGUGAUUUUAAAAUAUUAUGAAAAGAUGAAAAAGAUCGUCGUCGAUAAUCACAUUAGACUGGAAUGUGAAAAUGAAAGUACAAUUUCGUUGACAGGUUUACGUAUUAAGGUUAUUGAAACAAGCACAUUGAUUAAGGAUUUUAUAAAUCAGUUCUUUGAAGAAGAAAAAAGAUUGAAUCAAAUGAAUUACAUUUCUGAAAAUGUUCAAUGGUGUUAUCACGAUGUAUACAAUAAUUUAAUCACUUACGAUACGAAACUAAAUGCUAUGAUAGAGAUUGCCCGUAUGGAUGGUAAAUCAACUGUAGAAAUAACAGAACGUAACGGUCACUUCAUUAUCGAUUUCUCAAAAAUGCAAACCACAAACAAAAUAACUGGUGAAACAAUGAAACUAAAAAGAAAGUUGCUUGGUGCUACUUCAGAUUUUUCUGUUCCAUCAAAUUGGUCUCCUCAAUCUUCCAAUCAAAUUGUCAAUCUUGUUAAAUUAACACCGACAUCAGUGGAAUAUAUUGAAGUUCAAAAUCAUUUCUUCGCUUGCGGUGGCAGCCCAAAUCAACUGUACGAGAUUCACCGAAUACAAAACCCUCAAUUAUAUUCUAGAUACCAGGCCUUUAAGAGUUCUAUGCGCGGUAACGUAAAUGAAAUGCGUCUUUUCCACGGAACCAGUGCAGAUAACAUUGAUUCAAUAAAUACAAACAACUUCAGUCGUAGUUUUGCUGGAGUAAAUGGUAAAAAUAUUUUUUCCGACAUUUCAUUGCAUGCCACUAACUAUUGCAAACUAAAAGAAUGGUUCGUAAUAUUUACAUUUCUAGGAGUUGCAUAUGGAAAUGGAGUGUAUUUUGCCAAGAAUGCACCAUAUUCCAUUAAAUACGCUCGAAAGGGAUAUUUAUGGUCAAAACCAAAAAUGUACAUUGCUAAGGUGCUUGUAGGAGAUUACACUCGUGGAAAAAGCGGAAUGAAAGCACCGCCAUCCAAAAAUGAUCCUGAAAAUCCUGGUCUACUGUAUGAUUCUGUUGUCGAUAACACAAAUAAUCCAACUAUGUAUGUUAUAUUUCAAGAUAAUCAGUACUAUCCUGAAUAUCUUUUAACUUUACAAUAAUUUAAUAUCAGUCUUAAAAUGUUCAUCUAUUUUAUAUGUAAAAUAUAUUUUUCUUAUUGUGAGUAGCUAAUUUUAAAAUUUAAUAGAUAAUAGUCUC